GCUGCCACAUGAACAUUUUCCAACAUCUUGCAUUCUCGGGUGUGGAUGUUGCCAGGGUUACCGCUCCAGACGCUUUUGUAUGUCGCACCAUUUGCACCUAUCACCCCACCUGCCUCUUCUUCACGUUCUACACGGAUGCGUGGCACAAAGAGUCGCAAAGAAAUGUUUGUUUCCUUAAGACUUCUGAAAGUGGGACACCGAGUUCCCCUACUCCUCAAGAAAACGCCAUGUCUGGAUAUAGCCUUUUAACCUGCAAAAGAACUUUGCCUGAACCUUGCCAUUCCAAAAUUUACCCCGGAGUUGACUUUGGAGGAGAAGAAUUGAAUGUGACCUUUGUUGAAGGAGUGAAUGUUUGCCAAGAGACUUGUACAAAGAUAAUUCGCUGUCAGUUUUUUUCUUAUUCUGUACUCCCAGAAGACUGUAAGGGAGAGAAGUGUAAGUGUUCCUUAAAAUUAUCUUUGGAUGGUUCUCCAACUACAAUUACGUAUGGGGCACAAAAGAGCUCUGGCUAUUCUCUGAGACUGUGUAAAACUGGGGAUGGCUCUGUUUGCACAGCAAAAGGAAAUGCACGCAUUGUUGGAGGAAUGAACUCUACUUGGGGAGAGUGGCCCUGGCAGGUUAGCCUGCAGGUGAAGGUGUCAACUCACAGACACCUGUGCGGAGGGUCAAUCAUUGGACGCCAGUGGGUCCUGACAGCUGCUCAUUGCUUUGAUGGGCUUUCCUUACCGGACAUUUGGCGCAUUUAUGGUGGCAUUGUAGAGCUGUCCGAGAUUACAAAAGAAACACCUUUCUCACAAGUCGAAGAGAUUAUUAUUCAUCAAAAAUAUAAAAUCUCAGAAGGUGGUCAUGAUAUUGCCUUAAUAAAACUUCAGUCUCCUUUGAAUUAUACCGAGUUUCAAAAACCUAUAUGCCUACCUUCCAAAUAUGAUACAAAUACAGCUUAUACAAACUGUUGGAUAACUGGAUGGGGCUACACAAAGGAAAAAGGUGAAAUCCAAAAUACUCUACAAAAGGCAAAUAUUCCUUUGGUAACUAAUGAAGAAUGCCAGAAAAGAUAUAGAGAUUAUGAAAUAACCGAGCAGAUGGUCUGUGCUGGCUAUAAAGAAGGGGGAACAGAUGCUUGUAAGGGAGAUUCAGGUGGCCCCUUAGUUUGUAAGCACAACGGAAUCUGGAAUUUGGUGGGCAUCACCAGCUGGGGUGAAGGCUGUGCCCGCAGGGAGCAGCCAGGUGUCUACACCAAAGUUGCUGAGUAUGUGGACUGGAUUUUAGAGAAAACAUGGGAUGAUGAUGGAGAUGUUUUGCAGAAGUCAUCAGCAUGAAGAGGUUGUACAGUGAGAGGAACCCAGUUUGUAGCACGAGUUUUACAACCUGGGUUCGAAUCAAAGACAGAGCCUUGGAGUCUUCAUCUGCUGCACGUGGA